AUGUCUGAUAGGGGCGAUUUAUCUUUAAAUUUCAAAGAGUCUGAAAAUCAAUUUGACGAAGAAACAAUAAUUCUGUACAACAAAUUUCUAAGAAGUCCUCAAUCUUUAAGCACCCUAGAAAGGAAUUAUUUACUUGCAGGAUUACUAGAAAACUAUGGAGAUCUUAAAUUAAUUAAAACUCUAUGCUGCUACACAAUUGGUGACAACAAUCUAAGAGCUUUUAUAUGAAAACGAUUUUUAAAAUAUAUGCCUUUUGAUAACCAAAGAUCUGAAGAAAUUUCAGAAAUUCGGAAAAUGCUUUAUAACAGCUAUGUCAAAGAUAUUUAUUUGGAAAGUCCUUUGAAAGAAGACGUUAUCAGAUGCAUAGAGCUGGAUAUCCCAAGAACUAUUAAUUUCCCUUUGAUAAAUAAUCAAAAUGCAAAGGAGGCUUUCAAAAGACUUUUAUACAUUUUAUGUAUGAAACACAAAAACGCUGACCCUCCUUUAAAUUUAACAAAAAUUCUGCCCUACAAUAAAGGGUGGUUAGUUUUUUUUAAAUAAAAAAUAAAUGUUUAAUUUUUUUCAUGAAGGAUUAAUUUAAAAAUUUAAUCAAUUCAGUAUGAAAAUGGUUUAAAUAAUAUUUUAUUUGCACUUCUUCCAUUAAAUUAGGAAAAGAUUGAUAUAUAAAUUAGUCUUUACUCAUUUAAAAUUCAAAAUAUUGUUUCUAUAUAAUGAUGCUAUGGACCAAUAAAUGGAAAUUUUACCAAUAUUCUGUUCAAAUUUUAAGAGGAGUGAGUAUCAAUCUGGAUUUACCUUUUUAUGUGUGCCAUUAUUUGUAGCUUAUUUAUCAAGCUAUGAUGCAAACCAGCAGAACCUAUCAGAUGAUAUUAUAUUUCAAUUAGAAGUGGAUGUAUUUUAUUCACUUAUUGCAUUAAUCAAAAAAGGAUAUUUUUAAUUAACUUUAUUCUAGUAAUUUAGUACUAUUAUUAAUAACUAAUAAAUUAUUUUACUAAAAAAAUUCACAUUUUUUGCUAAAUGAGUUAGCGAAAUUUUUAAAGAAAACCCAUGAAUUUCUAGUAAUAAUUUUCUCCAACAAGAACUUGACGAAUUCAGUUCAUAUAUCAAAUUAUACGACCAAGAUCUAGAUGAGCAUUUAUCUUCAAACGAAAUCCAAGCCAAUUUCUACGCAUAUAGAUGGCUAAAAUGCUUAUUUACUCUCGAUUUCCCAGUUCAAUUUAUUCUAAAAGUCUGGGACGUUCUCAUAAGUUGUGACGAAGGUUUCAGAUUUUCCAUAAAAAUCGCAGCCGCAGUCCUACUAAAAUUCAGAGAAAAUCUUCUUUCCAGCCCAGACAUGGCCCAAAUUUUGACAUCAAUUUCCAAUAUAAAAAAUUACAAUUGGACUGACAAUGAAAUCGAAAUGGUAAUUAGCCACGCGUUUAUGCUUAAUUAG